AUGCAACGGAAUAUCAUCCAAGUCGCCCGAGCUUCAUCCGAUGCUGUCUCUAUGGCUGUGAAUCAAGGUGGGUAAUAUUUUUGUAUUACUUUAGGCGCGAAGAAAAUUCGUUUUUUUGGAAUUUCUUUUUUUCGGAUUUAGCUCUUUUCGAUUCACAGAAGUUGUUUGUUAGAGGCUGUUCAGAUUCUGAAAUUGUAACGGAUAGAGUUACUAAUGAAAAAUCGCUUACUUUAACUUUCUUUAUCCAAUUAUUUUUUUCUCAGAAAGGGUUUUUCUUACCCUUUCUCCUUUAGGCGAACGCCGUUUCCUCUCGACCACACCAAUCCAAGAGGCGACCAUCGUGGAGAACGCCAAGCAAGCCACUUCUCAAGCCUGGGAGAAGACUAAAGAAAAGGCCGGACAAGCCGCUGAUACCGUCAAAGAAACUUUUGGAAAGGCGUCGGAUACAGCGAACGAAACCGCAUCAAAUGCUUAUGAAACUGCAAAGUCCGCCGGUAGAUCAUCCUACACGGAAGCGAAGGAAAAAGGAGAAGCUGUGAAGGAGAAGGCCGCCGAACUGAAAGAGAAGGCCAAGGAUUCCGUCUACGAAGGCAAGGAAAAGGUGAAGAAAGUCAGUAAGCAACGAGUCUCGCCAUAUAUGAAAGCCCGUUUAGAAUUAGACAAAGAAGACGCGGAUAAAUGGGCUCGUUAUCAAUAA